GGAAAGAUAGCGAGGAGGAGGAGAGGCAGCAGGAAACCCAGCCCACCCUUUGGCUUCCUCCUGCCUCCUUCUAAAACCUGCAGAUUCCUCCAGCCCGUCCAAGCGCUUGAAGUUUCCUCAGCCCUGCGGCCGGGACUUCGAGGGGUUGCUGAAAGAUGAGGGCCUGGAUUUUUUUCCUUCUCUGCCUGGCAGGCAAAGCCCUGGCAGCUCCGCAGGAGGCUCUGCCUGAUGAGACAGAGGUCAUCGAAGACCCCACCACAGAGGAGCCCGUGGGGGCCAACCCCGUCCAGGUGGAGGUGGGAGAGUUUGAGGAACCCACAGAAGAUGUAGAGGAGAUAGUUGCAGAGAACCCCUGCCAGAACCACCACUGCAAGCAUGGCAAGGUGUGUGAAGUGGAUGACAACAACUCACCCAUGUGCGUGUGCCAGGACCCUUCCAGCUGCCCAGCCACUGCCGGUGUCUUUGAGAAGGUCUGUGGUACCGACAACAAGACCUAUGACUCCUCCUGCCAUUUCUUUGCCACAAAAUGCACCUUGGAGGGAACCAAGAAGGGACACAAGCUGCACCUGGACUACAUUGGGCCUUGCAAAUUCAUCCCUGCCUGCCUGGACACAGAGCUGACUGAGUUCCCCCUGCGCAUGAGGGACUGGCUGAAGAACGUGCUCAUCACCCUGUACGAGCGCGAUGAGGACAACAACCUGCUGACCGAGAAGCAGAAGCUCAAGGUGAAGAAGAUCCAUGAGAACGAGAAGCGCCUGGAGGCUGGUGACCACACUGUGGAGCUGCUGGCCCGUGACUUUGAGAAGAACUACAACAUGUACAUCUUCCCCGUGCACUGGCAGUUUGGGCAGCUGGACCAGCACCCCAUCGAUGGGUACCUGUCCCACACCGAGCUGGCCCCGCUCCGUGCCCCCCUCAUCCCCAUGGAGCACUGCACCACCCGCUUCUUCGAGGCUUGUGACCUGGACAACGACAAAUACAUUGCCCUGGAGGAGUGGGCCAGCUGCUUCGGCAUUAAGGAGCAGGACAUAGACAAGGACCUCGUCAUCUAAACCCCCAGCUUCCUUCUUUGCUGCCAACUUUGUCUUGUUUUAACCUUGCCCCUUCCUUCGGGUUUUGAACUGCUUUUGUUCUAUUUUGGUUUCGGUUUGUUUUUUUUUCCCUGGGAACAAGGUGCUAAUAUAGAUCUAAACAUACGUAGUAAUGGUGCUAAGAGAAAUAACAGUCCUCGUUCGUAGCCUAGUCUGUUACCACUAGAUUACUCACUUGGCUGUUUCCACACACUCUUUACCAACCCUUUUGCUCUCCAACAAGUCUUUACCAUUGACUGACCCUGUUCCUGUCCCAAAUACCCGCUCCAUCUUGGUAUCCACUUCUCUUAACUUCUUACUAACAGCACGUUCUCAGACACCUCAGCACAGACACAAAGAGCUCUCAGCUGAUUCACCACCCCAGUUACCAACCACCAGCAAGGGAAGGCAGAGCCAGAGGAUGUAGGAGGAUUGGGUUUUUCGAGCAGUGCAGCUGAGGAUGACAUUGUGGUCACCCAGCUCAUGUUAGAGGGGGAUGGAGAGGGGGUGAGGAAGACAGAGUGGCAGGAUUUUGUUUUCCCCUUUUUUUUUUUUUGUUGGUUUGUUUUGUUUUGUUUUUCUUUCAAAUCCCAGGGCCUGAAUUUGACAAUCAUUGGGCACAAAAAUAAAGGGCUAGUCAAGCAAACAAGUCAGAAAAGCGCACAAAAUUUAAAACAAAUAAAAUGAGACGCACCCCAUCCUGUAAAAUCCCCUCAAAAAAUAAAGGUUUGAAAGUGCUACGUGGUUUUACCAUCACUCAGUGACCAUACUGCUGUUGUGUUUUCUGUGCUGCCAAGGGAGAUUGGGGGCAGCCACUUGUUCCCCAGGGUGGAACCCUGCUGUUGUGAUUCUGCUGUACCUGAGAUAAAGCUCUUGGCUCUCCCCAAAUCACAGUGCUAUUGAGCACUUCCCACCUGUGCCCUGGCUGUGUUUAAAUGCCAGCCCUGCUCUCCCAGAGAAGCUCUGUUGGGCUUGGAAGGGACAGUUCUGCUUAGAAGAGGGGUGCUUGCUGCAUGCUCAAGGACAAGCCUGUAGUAUUUUUUUUUCUGUUGAGGAUUUUGAGGUUUAAGUAAUGGGUGGGAGGGAAGGGAGAAGGUAUUUGGAUUUUGCUUUGUAGAGAGGGUCUUGACAAGAGCGAAGGAAUGGUUAAAUCUCACAGGCUGAGGACAUUUUUUUUUUUUUUUUUUGUACUUCUGAAUGUUCCCUGUGCCUUAUAUUAUUAAAUCCCUGCCACAGUGUGAGCAACCUAAUGAGUGUCUGUAAUAAAAAAUACUGUUUUGAAACACUGACAAUAAA